CAAAGAAUUAAAUUAAACCAUAUAUGGGAGAUGAUAAUGUGGGAUUAAAUUAGUCCAUGGCUUUUGCCUGUAAACCCUUUGUCAAUCGUCGGCAUCUGUACCAUCACCCAAUAAGAGGUUCACUAAUUAACUUUAUUUUCUCCACGUGUUACCGUCUAGUCGGAGUAUCAUGAAAAAUCCAUGCUCCCCCUCUCAUGAGGAAUUUUAAACUAAAACCUAAUCCACACACGAACAUUUGCUUGUUUAUAAAUGUGCUCCCAUGUCUCAAGUUCAUAAGGUGAAUAUUUUUUCUUACUUAAGUUCCAUCUCCUUAAUCCUUGUCUCUUUGAUUACAUGGGUGACCGUGAAGGCAUGAUCAUUAUGGACGGGGAAGAAGAUUCUAAAUUUUCGAAUGGAUCACUAUUAUCAACAUCAGACAAUAUGGGAGAUGACGAUGAUGAUGCAGCUUCUUCAUCAACUUCAUCAUGUUCAUCAAAUUCCACUUCCAGCACUGGGCCUUUGUGUGAUUUAUCUGAGCUCAUGGCCCAGCUACCUAUCAAGAGGGGAUUGUCUAAGUUUUACCAGGGAAAGUCUCAAUCUUUUACAUGUCUUUCAAGGGUUAAGAGCAUAGAAGAUCUUCCAAAGAAAGAAGCCAACCCUUACAGAACAAGGAGGAAAUUAUUGAAGGAAUCCAAGAGCUAUGCAGGAGGCUUGGGCAACUACAAAUUAUGCACUCUUCCAAAGCCUGUUAUAUCAAAGAAAGUUAAUAGUAUUUCAAGGGGUCAAUUACCCUUUUCAUCCUCGUCCUUUCAAAGCAGAAAUGGGAGUUUUGUUUUUGGCAAUUGCAUGCCUCCUUUCAUUCCUGUCCAAAAGGACUUGGGAUGUUAAUUUUAUGACCUGCAUACCCUGUUCACCCAGCUGCAGCAUGAAUGUUCAGAGAGAGAGAGAGAGAGAGAAAUGUGGUUCAUUUUAUCAUCUUGUAGUAAGUUAAAAUACACAAACUUUUCUUUAAAUUGUAGCGCUGGUUUACAAACUAAUGUGGCAGUGGAGUUGUUUUAUCAUUUCAUUUUGACUCUGUCAUUUUGUAUUUCAAGACUUAUUGGUGUACACACCAAAGUUC